CUGCAGCGGAGCCGGUCGAGCCAUGAGCGAAGACAAAUACACCGUUUGGUCCAACAUCUCCACUUUUCUUAACCUGGAUGACAUUGACGUCUCUGCGGACAAAAGCCACGUUCUCAGAGUUUUCAUCUGCUCGGUUUAUAUCCUGGUGUGCGCCGCGGGUCUUGUGGGCAACCUUCUGGUCUUCCUUCUCUUGGGGACCAGACAAGAGCGUAAGGCGUCCCGGAUGAACUUUUUCGUGCUUAACUUGGCGCUGACGGACCUGCAGUUUGUGCUGACUCUGCCCUUCUGGGCCGUGGACACGGUGCUGGACUUCAGCUGGCCCUUCGGCAGCACCAUGUGCAAAAUGGUGCUGUCCGUCACUGUGAUGAACAUGUACGCCAGCGUCUUUUUCCUCACGGCCAUGAGCGUCACCAGAUACUUAUCGCUCAGGUCGGCUCUCAAGCGCACGGACGCGCAAAGCCCCCGUUCCGACAAGUGGACCUGCGGCGCCAUCUGGAUCCUCGCCACCGUAGUCACUUUACCCACCUCGAUUUACUCCACCGUCAGCCACGUGAGCGGAGAAAACCUGUGUUUGCUCAAGUUCCCCGGCGGACAGGACUGGCUGGCGGCUUACCACAUUCAAAAGAUCCUCGUCGGCUUCUUGGUGCCCAUUUCCGUGGUGUCUGUCAGCUACAUCAAGCUUCUACGCGUGAUCCGCAUCAGGAGUAUGAAGACGAGCAACCCCAAAAGCAUAUCGCGAGUCACCAAGUCUGUCACUAUCAUUGUGCUCUCCUUCUUCCUCUGCUGGAUGCCCAACCAUGCCAUCACCCUGUGGAGUGUUCUGGUCAAGCUAAAUGUGGCCAACUGGGACAGAAGCUACUAUAUGGCGCACACGUACGUCUUCCCGCUCACCGUGUGUUUGGCCCACGCCAACAGCUGUCUCAACCCAGUCAUAUAUUGCCUCAUGAGGCCCAACUUCAGGACUAAGCUUCGGCUUCUUAUCCACAGACAUGUGUCCGAUAUUUAGUUCAAUUAUUUAUUUAUCUAUUUAUUAUUCUUGUUUGUUUUUAUGUUUAUUUGUUGUAAAUGGGAAAGUCACCCCCAACAUUUUCUUGAGGAUAAGUAUGCCCCACUCGUCUAAAAACGGUAUUCUGAUUAAUAUUGCGUUAGUGGAAUGGGUUAUGCAGCAAAAUUCACCCCUUUUUAGUCAUCUGAGGCGGUGGCCAUUUUGUCACUUGCUUUUGAUUGAAAAUGACAUCACACUCGCCCGGUGUCAGGUCACAAUCAAUCACGCUUCAAUAUGUGAAAACUGGUUAGCCGUGAUUGGUUGUGACCUGAGACCUGUCAACUGUGAUAUCAUUUUCGGUUGACAGCAAAUGGCCACCCUUGAGAUGAAUAAAAACAGGUGGAUUGUGCCUGUUUAAUUCAUAUUCCACAAAUAAAACAAUCAGAACUCUGUGUUUUGACGAGUUCAGCUGCACAGAACAUAAUUUUACAGAGAAGAUUUUGGGAUUGACUUGCCCUUUAAACUUUGGGUUAGCGCGUAAUUACAUGCAUUUUAGCGAGCUGUUUUUAGUGACUAGUACUGUGCUUUCGUGGACUCAGUGACAUGUUUAGAUCAGUGUGGGGAGAACUGGCAAAAACCACAGACUGGGUGCUGGGGGUCAAAAUUUCUUGUUCGGGGACUUUUUGUUUUGCUCACGUCACAGUUUUUGCUGGACAGGGGGGCUAUUUGCGAAGCCUCCCCACUGACUAUCGAUCGGAUGACUCCCAGCCACCUAUGAAGAUAAAAGCUUUGCAACCGAUUUUCUCUCCCCUGGCUCUAAAUACAAAGCAGAAAAUGGCAAACAUGUACAAUUAAGAUCUGCAUUGAUUUUAAAAUGGAUACAUGAGUGAAACAAGCCAUAGAAAAAAAUAUAGAAAAAACUUCUUAUCUUGGCUCAGAACAUCCUGUGUGGACACGCCAGGUUGUUGUGUUGACCCCACCCCCUUCUCUCCCCCGCCCCAUAUCAUUGGUUUAAAAUUGUUUUUCACAAAAUGGCUACAGUGACCGAAACCUGGCAUGAUGAGACUAGUGGUUAUAGUACAGGUUUCAGUACAGAAAGGUUCUUCAAGGGCUGUUGAAAACAUGGGAAUUAGAAGAUUGUGCCCAACAAAUCUUCAAAUAAUUAGCCAAGUUUUAGUAUUUCUAAUGCAAUGUAUUUGUCAUGCACUGAUCAAUUUAUUGUGCUCAGUCUGCUACAGUUAUUUCAUGCCAUACAAAAUUAAAUUGAUACAUGUGUUGAGCAGCGUCGUGAGCUGAGGGGUUCCCUGCACUGGGUUUUGAACAUCAGUCUCCAAGACAAACAACUGUACUAACCAGUCACCUGAUGAACUAAACCCAACUGGAAAGAUAUCAUGCCACGUGUGGUUGUAACACCACCUUCUCCUUCAGGAUCGAGACGCAUGUCCAAGCACUUUGGCAUAACUUUCUAGACACAAAUCUCUAGCAGCCUGCUUGUUCAAACAAAUGAGCGUUCCCUUUCCAAAUUUUGAACCUGAGUCUCUCAGACCACAAACAACUUCACACACAGCCAAAGUCAACUCUCUUUUGGACCAGUUUCAGACCUGGCGUGGGAACACAACCCAAGCGUAAUGCAACUACCGUAUUUUCCCGAC